AUGUCAGACCAUCGAAAUGGAAGUGCACAAGCUGCCAAUGGAAAAUCUAGUGCAGCUGGUUCAGCCUAUGCUAUUGAUCUGACUACAUUUCAAACUAGACUGAAGUCAUUUUACAAUCACUGGGAUGAACACAAAGCAGAUAUCUGGGGCUCUUCUGAUGCAGUUGCUGUCGCAUGUCCUCCACCUUCAGAAGAUCUAAGAUACCUGAAAUCUACUGCUCUAUUCUUGUGGCUCCUUGGAUUUGAGUUCCCGGAAACAAUUAUGGUUUUCACAAAGGCGCAGAUCCACAUAUUGUGCAGCCAAAAGAAGGCAUCUAUUAUUGAAUCUGUCAAAAAAUCUGCCAGAGAGUCAGUUGGUGUGGAGAUUGUAUUGCACGUCAAGCCUAAAAAUGAUGACGGAGCUUCUCUUAUGGAAGCUAUUAUCCGUGCCAUCCGUGUUCAGUCAAAAUCUGAUGGCCAUGAUUCUUCCACUGUUGGACACAUAGUUAGAGAGGAACCUGAAGGGAAAUUGCUUGAAGCAUGGGCUGAAAAAUUAAAGAAUUCUAAAUUUAAUCUGAGUGAUGUGGCAAAUGGGUUUUCUGUAUUGUUUUCUGCAAAAAGUAAUGAAGAAAUUACAUCCAUCAAGAGAGCCGCAUACCUGACAACCAGUGUGAUGAAGAACUUUGUAGUUUCAAAGCUUGAGAAUGUAAUUGAUGAAGAGAAGAAAAUUUUACAUUCUACAUUGAUGGAGGAGACUGAGAAAGUUAUACUGGAGCCUUCAAAAGUCAACUGUAAACUGAAGGCAGAUAAUGUUGACAUCUGUUACCCUCCCAUUUUCCAGAGUGGGGGGAAGUUUGAUCUUAAGCCUAGUGCUGUCAGCAACGAUGAGGCACUUCACUAUGACUCUGCCAGUGUUAUUAUAUGUGCUGUCGGUGCUCGGUACAAGAGCUACUGCUCAAAUAUAGCUAGGACUUUCUUGAUUGAUGCAGACCCUAUCCAAAGUAAGGCUUAUGAGGUUCUUCUUAAAGCUCAUGAGGCCACUAUUGGUUCUUUGAAGCCUGGUAAUAAGUUGAGUGCUGCAUAUCUAGCUGCUGUUUCUGUUGUGGAAAAGGAUGCCCCUGACAUGGUUUCAUGUUUGACAAAGUCUGCUGGGACAGGAAUUGGCAUUGAGUUUCGUGAGUCAGGUUUGAAUAUUAAUGCUAAGAAUGACCAGAUAGUUAAAGAAGGCAUGGUAUUCAAUGUGUCAAUUGGAUUUCAGAAUUUGCAAUGUCAGAACAGUAAGUCUAAGAACAAGAUCUUCUCUCUCUUGCUUGCUGACACAGUGAUCAUCAACAAAGACAAGGCAGAUGUUGUGACUUCAAUGAGCUCCAAAGCUUUAAAAGAUGUGGCUUAUUCUUUCAAUGAGGAUGAGGAAGAAGAAAAACCCAAAUCAAAGGCUGUUCACAGUGGUGCAGAACCCUUGAUGUCUAAGACAACACUAAGGUCAGACAAUCAUGAGAUUUCAAAAGAGGAACUUCGUAGACAGCAUCAGGCAGAGCUUGCUCGUCAGAAAAAUGAAGAAACUGCUAGGCGACUUGCUGGUGGUGGUAAUGAGGCAGGAGACAACCGUUCUUCUUCCAGGUCUUCUGCAGAACUGGUUGCCUACAAGAACAUAAACGACCUUCCCCCUUCCCGAGAGAUGAUGAUUCAGAUUGAUCAGAAGAGUGAAGCAGUUCUCUUGCCAAUUAAUGGAAGUAUGGUUCCUUUUCAUGUGGCUUUCAUUCGAACUGUUUCCAGCCAGCAGGACACCAAUCGCAAUUGCUAUGUUAGAAUCAUUUUCAAUGUUCCUGGGACCCCUUUCAGUCCUCAUGAUUCAAACUCAAUGAAGUUUCAAGGAUCUAUAUAUUUGAAGGAAGCUUCGUUCCGUUCCAAAGAUUCAAGGCACAUAAGUGAGGUUGUGCAAUCCAUCAAAACACUCAGGCGACAAGUUGUAGCAAGGGAGUCCGAGAGAGCUGAGAGGGCAACUUUGGUUACCCAGGAGAAACUGCAGCUUGCCAACAACAGAUUUAAGCCAAUAAGAUUGCCUGACCUUUGGAUUCGCCCUGCUUUUGGUGGGCGUGGAAGGAAGAUACCAGGCACUCUUGAGGCUCAUGUGAAUGGAUUUCGAUAUUCUACCACCAGAUCUGAUGAGCGUGUUGACGUGAUGUUUGCUAAUAUUAAACAUGCUUUCUUCCAGCCAGCGGAAAAUGAAAUGAUUACCCUCCUGCACUUUCAUCUGCACAACCAUAUUAUGGUAGGAAAUAAGAAGACCAAGGAUGUUCAGUUUUAUGUUGAGGUAAUGGACAUGGUCCAGAAUGUUGGAGGUGGGAAGAGAUCAGCUUAUGAUCCUGAUGAGCUUGAAGAAGAGCAAAGAGAGAGGGAGAGAAAGAACAAGAUUAACGUAGAAUUUCAAAGCUUUGUGAAUCGGGUAAAUGAUCUCUGGGGACAACCGCAAUUCAGUGGCCUUGACUUGGAGUUUGAUCAACCUCUUAGAGAACUUGGCUUCCCUGGGGUACCUCAUAAAUCAUCAGUAUUUAUUGUCCCUACCUCAGCCUGUCUUGUUGAACUGAUAGAGACUCCUUUCCUUGUUGUCACCCUUGGUGAGAUUGAGAUUGUGAAUCUGGAGAGGGUUGGUCUUGGGCAGAAGAACUUUGAUAUGACAAUUGUGUUUAAGGACUUCAAGCGGGAUGUCCUCAGGAUUGAUUCUAUCCCUUCUACAUCACUUGAUGGCAUCAAGGAGUGGCUUGACACAACAGACAUCAAAUAUUAUGAAAGCAGGCUGAAUCUGAACUGGCGUCAGAUCCUAAAGACAAUCACAGAUGACCCUAAAAGCUUCAUUGAAGGUGGUGGCUGGGAAUUUCUGAAUUUGGAAGCUACUGAUUCAGAAUCUGAUAAUUCAGAGGAAUCAGAUAAAGGUUAUGAACCAUCUGAUAUGGAACCUGAAUCAGAUUCUGAAGAGGAGGCUUCUGAGAGUGAAUCACUUGUGGAAUCUGAGGAGGAUGAGGAGGAAGACGACUCGGAUGAGGAUUCCGAGGAAGAGAAGGGAAAGACUUGGGAAGAACUGGAGAGAGAAGCAAGCAAUGCAGAUAGGGAGAAAGGGAACGAGUCUGACAGUGAAGAAGACAGGAAAAGAAGGAAGGCCAAAGCCGCCUUUGGUAAGUCUCGAGGCAGUAUGAGUAGUAGUAUGCCAAAGCGACCCAAGUUAAGAUAG